CACUGGUUGUCAGGCACAGAAAAGGACGCAGCCUUGUUGUCAGAUCGCUCUUCUGGUUAAGACAGUGGAGCGACUCAGAUCCCUGUACAGGUGGAAUUUAUCAAAAUGCAUAAAAGAGACAGGAGCGCUUCAGGAGGUGCAGUGUUUUACAAAUCAAUCACAAAUGCACAAGAAAUCAGGUCUGGAUACUUGCUUAAGUCUCCUCCUCAAUGGCGUUUGAAAUCAGAGUGGAAGAGACGUUUCUUUGUGCUUUACAAAGCCCCAGAGAACGACUAUCAGCUCAGGUACUACAAAAGUGCAGAGGACCAGGUCACCCCGCUCGGAGGCAUAGAUAUGACACAAAUCUCACUGUUAUAUGAAAACCCUCAACACCACCAGAGAUGGCAGUGGGUGCAGAAGAGUUUUAAAUGCUCCCCAUCAUGUGUGGUGUUCCUCAAGGCAGGGAACCGGGACUACUUCCUUAUUGGGGAGACCAGCUCGGAGGCGGACGGCUGGUUCACUGACCUGUUCGAAGCCCUGAAAAAUCGCCCUCAUAAAUUUCUCAAAUCACAGGAAAUCAGCAAUGGGCAGCCAGUCAUUGAUAUAAUUUCAAACCCUCUUCACCGGAGAAAGUUUUCUGCCCCAGAGCUAAAGGUGCCUUUCCUUGCAAAGAAAGAAGAAGAUCAGAAUGAUGCCAGCGAAAUCUUGUUGCCAUCCUCAUCAGUGAAGGUUAGGUCCUUUUCGGACCCUUCCUCCAAUGCUGCAGACGGGAACACUGAGGAACUGGGGGAAGAUAAUUCCAGGAGACCGACCUCUGAGCCUGUAAAUCAAGACUAUGACUAUCCCAAGUCACGCCAAAAGAGAGCCAGUGUGCGGGCAGGCAGCAUGGAGUCACUGUAUGAAUCAAUGACAGAAUUUAAAAACAUCCUGAACGCGUCUGAACCAAACGAUGGUGAAGUUGAAGCGAUUGGCAACAGCACCCUGAUGAGGUCCAUCACCGACAUCUACGUCAAAUACAAGGCGGAGAAUUCUCCACCUCCGAUAUUAAAUGAGGCAUCUGCUGAAAAUGGAGAAGACAAACGUCAGUCUUCAGAUUUCAGCACCAGCUCCAGUGGCGCCGUUUCACCUGUUGAUGUAUUGGAGACGAAUUCGGAAAGACGAGGCUCCACUCGGAGCCUUGACAGCGUCAUGCCAGACGUGAGGGAGUUUAUGGUGAAUCUGCUUGGUUUGAAGAACGAUCUCACACUCUCAGAGGUGGAAGGAAAGCCGAGUGUGUCUGGCUGGACUGGACAGCCGCAGUCCGUCUGCCUCUUCCACAAGGGAGACCGAGUGGUGGCGAUAAAUGACCUCCAAACCGACAGCGUGGAGGACUUCUACAUGUUUAUCAGCAAGUCGAUGAAGGAUGAGGUGAAAGUGACCGUCCAGCGUCAGCGUGGAUGCCAGCCUCUGCAUUGGUCAAACUCUCCCUGCAGUGACUGAGGCACAGACUGAUCACUGCAGACAACUUCAAUGAGUUAAAAUGAAGGAUCUCAUAUGUCAAACUCAAGGCCCGGGGGCCAAAUCCAGCCCACCACAGCUUUUUAUGUGGCCCUCUGGACUCUAAAGUGGCACAUAAAUAGAACCGUGAAUAUAACAGUGGGCUUAAAUAUUAUUUUAUCAAUCAAUUCAAAGCAAUUUUUAUCUGUUUACUGUCAAAUUGCAUCAAUUAGUCCCUCCAGUUUUUUGUGAAAUAUUGUUGAAAUUCACACAAAUGAUCAAAAAAUCCCUGCAUUUUCUCGCAUUAAAGGGUAAUUGUGAGUUUAUUGCAGAUUUUUCACAGAAGUGGUGAAAAACAUUGGAUCUAAGUGACGGUUUACUCCCACCUGUAGGUGGCAGUAUUUUUUGCUUCUACUAAACAGUUGCAUGAUCCUUACCUCGACAUCUCGAGUUAUAAUCCAUAAUAAUACGGCGAGUAGUAAAAAGUCGCAUUUGGCAUCAUAAAUAAGCGUAAAUAUUUCUAAAUUACUACAAAAACAAUUGCAACAUCCUGGAGGGACUAAAAAGAUGUUGACUACUAUUUAAUCUUAAGAAUUUAUUUAUAGUUUAACAGGUUUCAUCAAUACAUUCAGGCAGAACUGGCCCUUUAAGAACAUUCAUGAUCUUGGAAAAUGAGUUUGACACCCCUGUACAUGUUGUAUAUAAACAGAUCAGCAUGUUUUUUGUUCUAUUUCCUUUCUGUUGCAGUUUAUAUCUGUUUAUGUCUUCAACAAGUAAAAGUCAUACAGAAAUAUACUUCUUGUUAAUAUCAGUUUCUUUAAGCAAGCUCCGGAGUAACAGGGGAACUUACAUUACGUUAGCCAUGCUUUCUUUGUUUGACGUCACAAUAAAUAUAAACAAUAAGAAGGAAAAAUCUCUUGUCAAUAUGAAAAGUCCCAUUGUUUUCUGCUUAUUAUGGAUGCCAGUCAGAAUUGCUUGUGCAGUGAAACCACAGAUAGGAUUUCCUCAUUUUUAAUUUCAACUAAAAGGGAAUCCCAGUAUAUAAUAAGAUUUGCAUGCAUUAUGUUGCUCUUCAUAAUGCAUGCAUUACUCUUCUCCCCGGCGUUGAGACAUCUUUCUAAGGAAUCACCCAGUGAAUACCCUGUUCCCAGAAGCACAGACAGAACGGUUUGCUAACCAACAAGAUGUUAUACGUAUCUUCUUGUUGAUAAGUAUAACAAAAAGAAAGGUUGACACACUUUUGAUUUUAGGUGUGACAUUGUUCUGUUUUUCAUAGAUACACCCUCUCAGCAAUUAGCAGUGACGUAAAGUGAAAAGGACAGAAAGAGAACAGUAUUACAUGUCUUAUAACACUUAGGGCUUGGUAAUAUGAAGAUAAAAUCAUGUCAUGCCUUACAGUUAUGUACCACGGUUUUUUCAAAACAAAAAAAA